CAGAGAAAUGCCCAAAUGAUUGCGAAGAUGUUAAUAUUUUGCUUGAUAUUGAACAAGGCAAAAAGGCUUCUGAGCAAGUUUGUAAUUAUGUAGACUCUCUUGUUAGUACUUGGAAUCCGCUUCCACUAGAUAGUGAAAUUUGGACGAAACCUAAUGUCCAUCCUUGUAAAAAGCGUCAUGAGAACAUUGUUGAUUUUGAGAGUGACUACACUGACUUGCUGAACACUGUUCAGCGACACACACGGUGCAGUACUCAAUAUUGUCUUAAGUCCAAAAACGAUGACGAAGCACUACAAUGCCGAUUUCAAUUCCCUUUUGAUUGCUGCACUAAAACAAAACUACAAUUUGAACCAAUUCACACUAAAGACAAAAGCAUUCAAUACAAAGCUAAGAUGGUAACUAAAAGGAAUGAUCCUAGGUUAAACAAUCAUCAAAUAAUUCAGCUUCAGGGUUGGAGAGGUAACUGUGAUAUCCAGAUUAUUAUUGAUCAUCAUGCGUGUGUAGAAUAUCUCUGUAAGUAUGCAGCCAAAGGGGAAAGUAGGUCACCAAUGCUUAAACAUACUUUCAACGCAGUUCUAAAAAAUUCACGGCCUGAUUUGAAUGCUAAAAAAGCUAUCAACAAGAUCAUGAUAAAAACAAUAGGUGAAAGAGAUUUUAGUGCUCAGGAAACAAUGCAUUUAUUGCUUUCUCUAAAAUUACAUAGCACAACAUUUCAAGUAUUACAAGUUAACUUUAAUGGCUCUCGAAGAGUAGAAACAAAUUUGCAAGAAACAGACCGUUGCACAAAGGAUUCUUUACUAGAUAUAUAUGCCAAUCGUAUUAAUUAA